AUGGUUAAAGCUAAAGUUGAUGAAAUGAAACGUACAAAUAUCUUUCUAGAGGCUGCCGGACACAAAAUAUUAAUAGGGACGUUAACCCCAAUUGAGUGUGAACAAAUAACACUUGAUUUAGUUUUUGGUCGGAAUGAAGAAGUCACUUUAAUCAAUGAAGGCCCCUAUAGUCUCCACUUAGCGGGGUAUACAGUUAUAGAUGCGUCUGAGGCUGCAGCUGGGAUAGCUGAGAUGGGAAUGGAAGAAGAGGCGCAACAAGAAGAAGCCGAGGCUGGGAUAGUACCUACUGGUCUAAUUGGGUCUGAAGAUUCUUCUGAAGAUGAGGAGAGGAGUUCCAAAGGGGAAGUUGUUGAAAUCAAAAAUUGGCUUGAGCAUGAUUUUGGUGAUGAUGAUGAUCAAGAGGUCUAUGAAGACAAAGACGACAAAAAGGAAGAAGAGAAAGCAGACAAGGAAUCAGACACAAAAAUGGAAGAAGAAGAGAAGGAAGACACUUCUUCAAAAGAAGACGUCAAAAUGGAUACUCAAGAAGACUCGUCGGCUCCUGUCGACACAUCUUCAGUAUCAACAACUCCAUCAAGUACUUCUACUUCUUCUACUACUAACUCUUCUAAAGACCAAUCUUUGACUACAUCCUCAGAAUCAGAAAUCAAAAAAGGAAAUAAAAUUGCAGAAAAGAUCGAGAAGAUGAAGAAGAAGAAAGUUGAGUCAAAGCCAAAGAAGAAAAACAACAAGAAGAAGAGAAACAAUAAGUGA